UUUUCUCGGUACGUUGUUUUUCACAAAAAUCGGAGAGUAAAAAAUGUCGAAAGUAUUUAAAGAAAAUGAUAGUGCUCAAAGCAUUACAGAUGUACUCAACGGUAUAGAAAAAUACAAUCCAGCAAACAAGGAGUUCUUGGAGCAAUAUGUUAAGAAGCAAGCCUCUGACGAAUCCUACAACUUAGAAGCUUAUUUAGCACUCUUACAGUUAUACAAGUUCUACCCUCACUUGGUUAAUCAUGAUAUUUCGUACACGAUUCUACUGAAAUGUCUUACUAAGAUGCCGCGCCCGGAUUUUUCAAUUGCAAAAGCCCUUUUGCUGCCACAGCAAAUGAAUGAUUUGACAGUUCGGGUGAUUCUUGAUAUGUCUGAGUUCUUGGAGUCUGCAGAUUUUCCGGCAUUUUGGCAACUGGCUUACGAACUACCUGCUAUGUUCUGUAAUAUUAAAGGGUUUUUUGAUGCAAUCAGACGCUACAUUUGCUAUCUUGUGGAUUUGACCUUUAAUAAGAUUAACAAGUCGACUUUGAAUUUGCUUUUGGGAAACAUUGAAGAUGCUGAGAUAAUUGAGUGGGUACGACUGUACAAUUGGAAACAAGUUGAUGAUUUUGUUUUAAUUGAGAAUGAAGUUUCUCAAAAUAAGAAUAGAGUUAUUCAAGAGAAUAUUGACAUGGAGAAUGUGAUUGCGUUGCUAGCACGGAUUCGAUGAAUCCUUGUACGUUCUUCAUUUCAAAUACAUUAAUA